GUAUUUGGAGCUGUCUUAUCAUGUUCUCUGCGUGUGAGUGAACUGUUUUAUGGAACUGGCGAGUCUUUUCUCUUCUCGUUCCAUCCAGAGUUUCAGGUAUUCCCAUGGACUGGAGAGAAUAAUUUCUUCGUUAAAGGAAAUAAUGAAUCCCUUGUUGUUGGUGGAGGAGAUGGUAACUUUGGGCUGUGGUUAGAUGGUGAUCUGUACCAGGGAAGGACACAGCCUUGUAAGACUUUUGAUAAUCCUCAGCUAACAGACACUGAAGACUUCAUUAUCAAGACAGUUGAAUGUUGGUGCUUUGAGUGAGGAAGGAAAGAGAAAUUUGAUGAGUUUUUAAUGAUGUGAAAUCACUUGCCUGGUAUUGCCUCUGGCAUCUCUGCAGCAGGAUUAGUGCGAGGCCAUCCCUCCGGUGUUGGCAAGGCCUUACCUUUAGGGGGGGAUUGCAUUAUGGCUCUUCACUUAGUGUCUGGAGAGGUUGAAAUCCCUGUUAAAUGUAUUUUGACCAAAGGGAAAUGAGUAAUCACAGAGUGGAAAAGUGUGAAAAAGUCCUUUAUUUUUCUUUUGUAUGUACUUUUGAGUUGCCUUCAGUAGAUUGAAGAAACUAGCAUUUUGUUUUCCUUGCCUUUACUUUGCUUCAGAUGGAUCCAUAUAUCAUUCCAUACUUAUAAUUUCUGAUUGGUAUUGUACAUAUUGCUUUUAUUGUUUUAAACAGUUUACAUCAAUUUGCUUUUGUUUUAUUAUUUUAUGUGUAUUUUUAGAUUGAUUAAGAGGAAACAUUUGAAUAUUAAGUACAUUUUUUAAUAUAUGGAGUUCUAAUAUUUUACAAUGUCCUUAGUGAGAAUCUCAUAUUGUUCAAGCAUCUUAUGCAGAUUUUUUAAGGGUAACUUAAAAAAUCAAUAUUUUUUUGUGUUUUGCAAGGGAAUGUCUUUUCAUUUAAAAUUUUGUAUCUUUUUACAUCGAAAAAAGCAGUGCACUAUGAAUAAAAUAUACUCAAUAGUAUUUUUGAUAGUGUGUUAGAAGUGACUGCUCCAGUGAAAUUAGUUUUUUGAUGUUUAGUGAUUGAUAUGGUAGGUCCUCAAACCAAACUCCCAACUAUUGUGUUGAUUUUUUACCCUGUGAGUAACGUUUCUGAUUACUCAUCGUAACAUUAUUGUUUAUAUUUAUUUUCUCUUCUGGUCAAUUCAUUUAUAUAAAAAAUACACAUUAAUAAAGAUUGGGAAUGUUCCAGUACAGAGGGUAUCCAUGAAGAUACUCUCUCAUUGGAAAUUUUGGGAGUUAAACUUUGAUGCUGACUAUGAACUGUUUUUGGACCACAUGCCUGUGGUGUGAUGGUACCAGCUAAUUUAAGCCUUAGAUAGUGCUUUACAAAGGCAGGUGUUAGGAAGGUAAAGCCUUCUAGAAUCCCUAUGUUGAUGGUUCAUCUUUACCAGCUGAUACAAUAACAUAUGAUGCCUUGUCAUCUUGGAUUACCAACAACUUGCACUCAGUAAUCAACCAGUAAUGCAAUCAGUCAAUGUAUGUGUGCAUGGUGAUUUUGUGUGUAUAUGCAGUUAUACUCAAAUACUCCUGGAUGCAUAAGAUAAAAUUUAUGAAGUCU